CACCCGAUCCACCCUCAACUUGUUCACAACAGAAACUUGGUGUACAGACGAGAGUAGGUGAAAUUAUAUUCAAUAUUCAAGAAAGUCUGCAUGACAAUGUCUUUGAGUGAUAAGCAACCGACAGAGAACGAGAGUCUAAAACGGAGCAGAGAGAAGCAAAAGAAGGAAGAUGCCUGGAAACCAGAUGGACCCAAGGACCUUUUUUCUAUGCUGGACUCUCUUCCUGAGUCGAAGCAGCAGGAGAUCCAGAAAGCCCUCCACCUCUUCUCCUUGGGCCCAACUCUGCCCAAGACCCUGCAGCAGGCCAAAAAACACACGUACCGCUUCUGGGAAACACAGCCUGUCCCCAGACUGGGUGACAGUGUUGAGACUCAUGGUCCAAUAGUAGAGGGUGAAGCCAGUGUGCGUAUGGAGCCCUACUCUCUACCUCAAGGUUUCUCCUGGGACACUUUGGACCUGAGCAACCCCUCUGUGUUGAAAGAGGUAUGCACUCUGCUCAAUGAGAACUACAUGGAGGAGGAUGACAACACUAUGAGAUUUGAGUUCUCUUCUGAUUACCUACAAUGGGCUUUACAACCUCCUAACUGGCUGGCUCAGUGGCACUGCGGUGUGCGAGUAGACUCAAAUAAAAAGUUAGUCGGCUUCAUUGCUGCUCUUCCCGCAGAUGUCCGCAUUUAUGAGACGGAGAAGCGGAUGGUACAGGUCAAAUUUCUGUGUGUUCAUAAGAAGCUACGCCUCAAGCGAAUGACUCCUGUUCUGAUCCGAGAGCUCACCAGACGAGUCAACCAGCAGGGCGUCUUCCAGGCUGUCUACACAGCUGCCUUAGUGCUGCCCACACCCCUGAGCUCCUGCAGGUACUGGCAUCGCCCUCUGAAUCUCCGAAAGCUGAUGGAGCUGAGCUACCCCGGUCUGAAGCAGAACAUGAGCCUGCAGAGAGCUGUGAAGUUCAACCGUCUGCCUGAUGUGACAAAGACCCCAGGUCUGCGCCGUAUGACUGAGGAAGAUGCUGCGGGGGUUCACGCUCUGCUGCAGGCUAACCUCGGCAAGUUCCACCUCAGCCCCAUGUUGUCUUUACGGGAAGUAGAGCACUGGCUGUUGCCGAGGGAGAAUGUGAUCGACACCUAUGUUGUGCAGGGUGAUGAUGGCACACUGACCGACAUGGUGAGUUUCUACAGUGUCUCCUACAGGGUGCUGAAUCAUCCUGUGCACACUGACCUGAGAGCAGCUCACCUCCUUUACGUUACCUCGACCACCACAGACCCGGUCGACCUCAUGAAGGACACGCUGGUCCUGGCUCAAACUAAAGGUUUUGACAUCUUCUUAGCUCUCAAUGUGAUGGAUAACCAGAGUUUCCUGGAGAACCUCAAGUUCAGCAUCAGUGACAAGAGCCUUCAUUACUACUUGUACAACUGGAUGUGUCCUACUAUGAGCCCAGACAAGGUGGGCUUGGUGUUGCCCAACUAACCUGCCACUAAAAGGAGACAGAGUGAAGAAGAUGAAUGGAACACAGUGAUUUGCAGGAAAUUGGGAAUCAAACUGCAUGCCCAGCAUUGAUGACGUUUAAAAUGUUAACAGAGAAACUGUAAAACUGAAACACACUCAAAAAAGUCAAUAAAAGAAAAUAAUUCCAUUUGUUUUCAUCACCCGGGUGUCAGUAAUUUACUGGGUUCAGUGUUAUUGUGACAGGAACUUCUGCGUGCAUGACAUCUAAUAUCAAAGCUACCAAUACACUUAUUUGAUUAAAGAACAAGGUCAUUUACCAUUCUCACUUAAUGCACAUAUAAGAUCACAAACUGCCAGACGUCAACACAAUCAUCUUAAGCCACAUUAAACAUCAUGUGAAACAAAAAGCAAUAUGCAUGCUUUUGAAAAAUCAGAAAACAUGUUUUUAAAAGUGUAACUCCUUACACACAUUAUAAAAAAUAUACCAAGACAAGAUGCUUUGGUAUUUAAUGCUCUUACAAAUAUAUCAUCUGUAUCUUCCAAGUCAGCAUGUCACUCUGUCUUUGUGUAACUUUACGUGGAGAAGAAGAAGAAAGCUGAUCAUUCACAUAAUUUCAGAGUAUCAUGCUCAUUUCUGACUGAACCCAUUUUAGCGUAUUUCUCUAGUAACAAUAUUAUCAUUGUUACUACAGAAAGAUUCUUUUUACUAUUCAGCAGGAACUGAUUACUAUCCAUAAAUCCUCGAGGUACAAACGUUGUCUAAAUACAAACAGCAGGGGGCAUUGCGACCUUAACCUUAUUGCGAUCAUUUUUAAUGGUGUCAAUAAACAACAACAGAUGGAAUGUAGAUGAAGGCAUCACCUGCUUUGCAUGUC